CCGCAUGUUUAGGCACCAGCUGUGAGGUCUACGCGGCCACGAAAGAGAGAGACCAAGGGACGAUGGCGAUGGUUGCCCAGCAUGUCGUAUCCAGUCCACCGCCCAGUAGCUCCGACAACGACAACCUCCUCGAUUGUCGAAUACAUCUGCCUCUACACACACGAUCUUAAGCGCAAAACGAAACGAUGGCAGGAUGGCAAGCUCAAAUUCCACGCCUUCAACAACCGGAUAAUGGUCUACGACGAUCGAGGCGGCAACGUGGGCGACGCACAUUUGUCCUCCUAUCAGACCUUGGACGAGGGGGAGGAAAUCAAUCUCGAUCGAGGCGGGGCCAUUGUGCAGGUCUGUAAAAGGCUCGGGGCGGUGGAAGUUGACCUCGGGGAGCUGGUAGACAAACGAGCCCGCGAGGUCGAGAAGAGGAGGAAAGAAGCUGCGACAAAAGCGCCGGCUGCCUCAAGGGCCCCCCAGCAGACACCGGGGACUGAGCGAUCAAGUGGUGCCAAUGUGCACUUUCAGCUGCUUCAGCGGCCACUGGGCGAGAUUAUGCAAACACCUGGUCGCAUCGGGCGAGCGAAUAUCCCGAAAGAAUCACCGUUUGAGCAGAGACUACAACGCGAGCGAGAGGAAGCGCCGCCGGCGGCAAAGAGGAGGAGGAGAAGCCCGAGUCCACCGAGCAAAUCGAGCCAUGCGAGAUCGCUGUUCGGCACAUCUUUGACGCUUUCGGCACGGCCGGUUAGUACGUGGAGUGGUCGUAGACGCAGCCUUGCGGGCAAGACAAAUAACGAGCCGGUCGAGAUAGAGGAUGACGAGGACGGCAUUGCUGAUGAGGCGCGCGAGAGAUCGCGGCAAAAGGAAGUCCGGAAGCUUAAGGACCAACCAAGCGAACCCCCGGCACCCAUUUCCCGAGAGCAAGGGGCAGCAAAGUCCUCGAAGUCGACCGAAGCGCAGCCACCCACGAAGGUGGUCGACGUUGAUGGCUCUGCGGAGGCGCAUGGCCAAGAUCUUAUACCGAAACCCAGGCGGAAAGCUCCGAAGCUCACACCUGCUAUACCUAAGCCUGCUGCAGAGGAGAAGGAACCCAGCAAGCCUGCAGUCACAGUCAAAGAAAAGCAUCAAGUUGCUGCGGGCCGGAUUGAGGAUCAGUCGGCGGAAGAGCAGCUCGCAAAACCCGAUCCCCAGCCUCGGACUGAGCUUCGCAUCAAGUCGAGGAAAAGAAGAGGCUUGCUCAUGCUUUCUGAUUACAACGAUAAUGCAAAGCCCCACGAUCAUCCCAUAGACGAGGUCAAGGCCAAGACUCGUCCAUCAGAGGUUAGAGAUACCAACGCCUCACUGAAGACAGCUUCCAAAUCGAAUGAGGGCAUAGAGGUCGAGGGGGUUGAGAAUAUUGAGGCAGCUGAAGAACUGCCCGCUGAUCACCAUACAGUAGACGUGGACGCCGUUGUCGAUUCCGGCGACGCUGCAAGUCACUCAUCCAAUAAGAUAAGGGAGGCCACGCCUGACGAAAAUCAUGGCGGCUUUGAGCAGUGGCUAUCUAAGGCGCAGUCUGCAGAAGCCGAGGAAGAAUCUGAUGGAGAUCAGGGACUCUCUUUCAGCCACAAGCCGAUUGACAGAGACGUCACAGUGUCGCCCGUGAGAACGCCCACAGAACCCCAAGCUGGAUCACCCCUACUUGUCCAGGCGCCCGACCCUGAGCCUCGGUCCCCGAACCACAAGACUCGCAAUGAUACCAGCAAAGACUGGCCAGCCAAGCGCAGAAAUCCAUACAGCAUGGUGAGCGAGAGCGAAACCGACGCGCCAACUACGCGCAAGCGGCCACAGCGCUCAAAAACCAAAGUCACAGCCGAAGAAAGCAAGGCCAAGCCCUCUGACUUGCCGAGUGACGACUCCCAGACUGAGGAUGACUGGGUGGGUCCGCCCCCUGCGCCUUUGCGAAGCAAACAAUCGCGACCCAAGGAAGUCACACGAGGCAGCACAACGACGACCAAAGUCCGCGUCUCUCGCGUGAGCAAAAGCUCAAAAAGCAAGGAGCUCAUUGGUUUCAAGUUGCCGGACAACUUGCACUCAAUCCCGGAUGCCUUGGCUUGUGCAGCUACCCGGAUAGGAUGCACCUCGAAGCAAACGAGUGUGCCACACAGCUUCAGUACGGCAGCAGACGCCCUCGCGGCAAAGGACACUGGCAAGGACCAGCCGGCUGCCGAUUCUCAUGGUGACGAUUCUAUUGAUGCUGCCGAUGGUGUCUCGGGCGACGACCCACCAAAGGCUGCAGGCACACUUCGUCUCGCUAAUCCUGCGACGCGUGGUCGGAAAGCGGCCACGAAGAACGAUGCGGUGGGCAGACCACCCCAGGUGCUGGUGCCUUAUGAGCCCGUUGUCGCGGGUCCGCCGCCACGGUUACAAAGAGCUGCGAGGCCACCAGUGACCAAGAUGAACACAGAAGCCGUGGCGUCUUCCACCUCCAAGACGAUAGCUGGCGAAAGGCCAGGAUUUUCGAAAGCGAAUGGCGGAGCCUGGAGCCAUCAUGCCACGGACUUGCUAGGCAUGGAGCGGCCAAAGGGUAGACAACGUGCAUGAAUGAGAUGAGAUAUGAAACACUAUUUGCUCGAAUAGUCUGUGUGUGUUUUGCAUGCGUGUGGGCGCAAUGAAUUUGUGGUGGUGCUGAGUUCAUUUCAAGCAUAUGCGUUCCGUCCAAGUCGUGGACAUCCGACACAAAUGAG